CAGCAGCGCAUUGUUGCAUUGCAGUGCUGAGUGCAAUGGAUUUCUCUCAACUCACAGACGCAAUGGCGUCACGAUCAUAUGACAAAGUCGCUGAUAUCUGCGAUCAACUUAUGCUUCAGAUUGCUUCACAAGGCGUUGCAUUUCAAGACGAAUGGCCGUAUGCCGUUCAUCUUCUAGGGCACAUUUACCUUAAUGAUCUAAACAGUGCUCGAUUUCUAUGGAAAUCUGUUCCACUUUCAAUCAAGGAGAGUCAUCCAGAAGUUUGUGCUGUAUGGAAAAUUGGACAGCAGUUAUGGAUUCGAAAUUAUGCAGGUGUCUAUGAUUCCAUUCGAUCAUUCAAUUGGAGUGCAGAAAUUCAAGAUUUCAUUGCCUCAUUUUCAGAAAAAUACACAAGAAGAAUGUUGGAGCUACUGAUGUCUGCUUAUUCAACUAUAAGCAUCCAAGAUACUGCUCUCUUUUUGGGGAUGAAUGAGAAUGAUGCCACAAACUAUGUAAUGCAACAAGGGUGGAAUGUGGAUGCAGCUUCUCAAAUGCUUACAGUUAAGAAACAAGUGACUGUAACUGAACAGAAGAUUGAUCCUUCAAAAUUGCAGCGUUUGACUGAAUACGUGUUUCACCUUGAGCACUAAAAAAACUUAAAGAAAUUGUGUCUGUAGACAUUAAGAAGAUUUGCUUCUCUCAUGUUUUGCUUACUUGGUAUUUGUUAUGGUUACUGAUAUGAUUAGAUUAGUAAGUGAUGCUUCUUGAGUAAUAUGCAAAGAAUGGUUGAAAUUUGUAAAUUUCAAAGUAUGAAGAUAUGCCAUGAAUUUGCUAAAGAGUUUUAGUAAAGUGGCAUGUAAUAUGGUAUGUUGAUAAUAUGGAAACUUGCGUCUAUGAGAUAUGUUUAGUUAUUGGAA